GCCCCCCGAGCCCGACGGCGGGCGUGGUGAGCGCCACGGGCAACGGCGCCCUGGUGCAGCAGCCGGCGUCGUCCUCGUCGCCGCUGCUGGUCACCGCGGCGCCGCUGUCGGCCGGCUCCAUCAUGGCGGCGGCCGCCAACGUGAAGGACUCGCGCUGGCUCCAGCUCGAGGUGUGCCGCGAGUACCAGCGCAACAAGUGCUCCCGCCAGGACGCCGAGUGCAAGUUCGCCCACCCACCGCCCAACGUGGAGGUGCAGAACGGACGCGUCAUCGCCUGCUACGACUCCAUCAAGGGCCGCUGCAACCGGGAGAAGCCCCCGUGCAAGUACUUCCACCCUCCGCAGCACCUCAAAGAUCAGCUGCUCAUCAACGGGCGCAACCACCUGGCGCUGAAGAACGCGCUGCUGCAGCAGAUGCCCCUGCAGGCCAUGCUUCCCGGCCAGCUGCCCACGGCCGUGGUAAGUCCCUACUGGUACCUGGGACACGCGCAGAGACAGCACCAGCAGCAGCAGCAACAGCAGCAACAGCUUCAGCAGCAACAGCAGCAGAGCUACGCGCUCUUCAACGGCUCCCUCGCCGCCGCCGCCACGGCCAAGGCCACGACCAACCCGUACAUGGCUGCCCUGACCAGCAUGCCGACAGCGUCGUCCUUUGGGCCUUAUUUGACGCCCAGUCCCUGCCUGCCCGGCAUGAUGACGGCGGACGCAGCACCACUCAGCGUGAUGCCGGCGUCGCUUGUUUCUCCACAAAAGGUGGCGCGCACCGACAGACUCGAGGUGUGCCGGGAGUUCCAGCGGGGCACAUGCAAGCGCCCUGAGACGGAGUGCCGCUUUGGCCACCCUCCUGAGCACGUGGCGGUGGACAGUGGUGACGGCGCCGUCACCGUGUGCAUGGACUUCGUCAAGGGCCGCUGCUCGCGGGACCAGUGCCGCUACUUCCACCCUCCCCCGCACCUUCAGGCGCAGCUCAAGGCCACGCAGAGCCGGGCAGGCGCCGCCGCUGCAGCUGCCGCUAUGGCGACAGAGGGAGGAAGUGCUGAUGUCGGAUUACAAAUGUACACUCAGCCCGACGAAGAGAGUGUGCAGAGGGGCGGAGGAGCAGCGGCGCUUUGGCCCUGCUGCUUCCUUUGCGAACCAGCAUUCCCUGGUAUUGUACCUUACACAAAACGUCCCGCCCUCGAUAAGAGCGGCGUUCCCGUGUACCAGCCCAGUGCCACGUACCAGCAAGCCCUGUUACAGAUGCAACAGCCCUUCGUGCCUGUCUCGUCCCUGGAUUGGCAGGGGAUGUCUUUACUUUAUUCACAAGUUACUGGACACCCUGCCGGUGUGCCGAGAUUUUAAGUCGGGCCAGUGCAAGAGGCCGCAGUGUCGUUAUGUCCAUCUUGUUGA